AUGUAUUUGCUCGGAGUCCACCUCGCAGACCACAAGCUGGUUCGAAUUGCGCUCACGAACUUUUACGGCAUCAGCUAUGACACGGCCAAUCGGCUGUGUGCACGACUGUCGCUGCACGACCGCGCCACCGUUUCGUCGCUAAGCGAGGCGCAGAUCACGCAGCUCUCGGCAUACCUCUCGUCCCCCGGCUCGAUUCCACCUCGUCCGGCGCACCCUACAUCACACGAAGGCGAAGCAGUGGACAGGCCGUCGAUGGGAAGUGCGGCCAACGAUGCGUUGCGACAGAUCAAGAUCGAAGCCGACCUUAAGCGCGUGCUGCACGCCAACAUCAACCACCACAGGAACGUGGGCACCUACAGGGGAAGGAGACAUGCGGCGCACUUGCCCGUGAGGGGCCAGAGGACAAGUACGAAUGCAAACACCGCCAAAAAGCUCAACAGGCUCGAAAGGAGGGGCUUCGCAACGCAGGCCAGGCCAGAAUCGAGGCAGACAUCGUUGAAGGAGCUGCUCGAACCGCUGGCAAGGAUUCGUUUCGCACAGCAAUAG